AUGUCGAUAAAAUAUUAUGUUAUCAAACAUAAUCAUUUAUGCAUAUCCAAAAUUUUCACGUCAUUAACGUCUAAUCACUCAAUUUCCCCCCUCUCCUUCCUCGUCUCCCUCCUCUCCUCCCUCUUCUUCCUCAUCUUUCCUUCUUUCACCACAAACCCAAACUACCCCCUUCUUCGGCCACCGCCUCUCCUCCAUCCCACGCCAUCAACUCCUUCUCCACCCGCCUCAGCCACGAUAGCUUUACCAGCACGUGUUCAUCAGGGAUGGAUCAAGCAGCAUCGAGCUGGCACUAGCGCGUCGCGGCGGAGGACACACGCUUUCAAGGUGCCAUUGAUAUCAUUUCUCCAUGAGAGGGGCUGGCGUCAAACAUUUUCUGUGUGGGGUGGUUUUCCAGGUCCUGAGAAAGAGUUUGAAUUGAUGAAGGGUUUCUUAAAGCCAGUAUUGGGUGGAAAUAUCAUUGAUGCUAGUUGUGCAAGUGGAUUAUUUUCAAGAUUAUUUGCAAAAAGUGGACUGUUUUCUUUUGUUGUUGCUCUAGACUACUCAGAAAAUAUGUUGCAGCAAUGUUAUGAAUUCAUUCAAAAGGAAGAGAACUUUCCAAAAGAGAACUUCAUCUUGGUUAGAGCAGACAUAUCUAGGCUCCCCUUUGUUUCCAGUUCUGUUGAUGCUGUACAUGCAGGUGCAGCUCUCCACUGUUGGCCUUCACCAAUAGCAGUGGUUGCUGAAAUAAGUCGUGUUUUACGACCUGGAGGUGUAUUUGUCGUAACCACUUACAUGCUCGAUGGGCCUUUUUCUGUUAUCCCAUUUUUAAGUACACUACGGCAGAAUGCAAGGCAAGUGUCUGGGAGCUACAUCUUUCUCUCUGAGCGUGAACUUGAAGAUCACUGCAGGGCAUGUGGGCUGGUUGGAUUUAAAUGCAUUAGAAAUGGGCUUUUUGAGAUGAUCUCUGCUACAAAGCCCAGUUAAGAUUGCUCUCAUAUGGGGAGUUGGGAGGAUGAACUCCACGAAUGAAAAAUGAGGAGUUAUGACAGAUGAUGAAAAGGGUGUCCAAGUCAUAAUGAUAUAUAAACAAAAUCAUCAACAACACAAGCGGACUCAACCGCGUCGAGGAUGGUGGUGCGAAUCCGCGAGGACGGUGGUGCGACAGAGAUGCAGCGACUCGCGUCCAAGCCCAGUCACCGCGCGUGCGCACCAUCACCACCCAGAUCCACCUCUUUGCGCGCGAGGCGUGCACCCACCGCCGCAUCAGGAGCAGAGGAGAGGGUCGUAAGGGAGAGAAGAGGGACCUCACUGUUCAACGCCCGUCAGAGCCCUUCCACCAAGUCCAUCCUCUCCAGUUCCCACUAUUAUUUUUAAUUCUGAGAGGUGCUUUAGUUUUUGGUUCAUGGACAAAUUGGUUCUGUAUUGGAUUUUGGAUUUUUAAGAAUGACUAAAAAUCAUGACAACAUUAAAAUUAA